AUGAUGUGUGUGCCCAUGGCAGGUUCCACUGUCUGGCAUCCCGACUGUAAGCAAUCCACUAAGACUGAAGAGAAACUACGGCAUUCCUCAUCUGAGUUCUUUUAUCCAAAGAGUCUGGUUCUGCGCAGGCCACGCUCUGCAGAGCCUACAAGAACAUCAUCAGAAAGCAUUUAUUCCAGACCAGGUUCCAGUAUACCUGGCUCUCCAGGCCACACUAUCUAUGCAAAAGUAGACAAUGAAAUCCUUGAUUACAAGGAUUUAGCAGCCAUUCCCAAAGUCAAGGCCAUUUAUGACAUUGAACGUCCAGACCUAAUUACAUAUGAGCCAUUCUACUCUUCCGCCUACGAGGACAGACAGGAGAGACAGAGUCUUGGAGAGUCUCCAAGGACAUUAUCACCUACCCCUUCUGCAGAAGGUUACCAAGAUGUUCGGGAUCGCAUGAUUCACAGGUCUACUAGUCAGGGCUCCAUCAAUUCUCCUGUGUACAGUCGUCAUAGCUACACACCCACCAUGUCACGUUCCCCUCAGCAUUUCCACAGACCUGGCAAUGAGCCGUCCAGCGGUCGGAACUCCCCUGUCCCUUACCGGCCCGACAGCCGCCCUCUCACUCCAACUUACGCUCAGGCCCCUAAACAUUUCCAUGUUCCAGAUCAAGGUGUCAACAUUUACAGAAAACCACCCAUCUACAAACAACAUGCUGCUUUGGCAGCACAGAGCAAGUCCUCCGAGGAUAUCAUCAAGUCCUCCAAGUUCCCAGCAGCUCAUGCACCAGCACCCAACGAGAUACCAAAGAUUGAGACUGACCACUGGCCAGGUCCUCCCUCCCUUGCAGCCAUAGGAGCUGACAUGAGACGCAGAUCAAGUGGAAGAGAGGAAGAUGAUGAGGAGCUACAGAGACGCCGGCAGCUGCAGGAGGAGCAGCUCAUGAAGCUCAACUCUGGUCUGGGACAAUUGAUAUUGAAAGAAGAGAUGGAAAAGGAGAGUCGUGAUAGGUCAGCCCUUUCUGCCAGUCGUUAUGAUUCUCCAGCACAUGCUUCAGCCUCCAAAACCUCUUCCCUCCCUGGCUAUGGAAAAAAUGGACUUCACAGGCCGGUGUCUACAGAUUUUGGUCAGUACAACAGUUAUGGGGAUGUGAGUGGUGGUGUUAGAGAUUUCCAGUCCCUUCCGGAUGGUCAUGUCCCUGGAAUGAGAAUGGACAGAGGAGUAUCUAUGCCUAACAUGUUGGAGCCAAAGAUUUUUCCAUAUGAAAUACUCAUGGUGACCAACAGAGGGCGAAAUAAAAUACUAAAAGAUGUAGACAGAACCAGGCUCGAGCGUCACUUAGCUCCUGAAGUUUUCCAAGAAAUAUUUGGCAUGACGAUACAGGAGUUUGACAAGUUACCUCUCUGGAGACGCAACGACAUGAAGAAAAAAGCAAAACUCUUUUAAUCUCCCCUUAAACAAACCGACAGAACGAUGAUGCAGAGGAUAUUGUAUCAUACAGUCCACACUAUUUGGAAGCAACUACUUACCCACCAAAAAAGGGAAAAUCACAUAGCAGCACCUCUGUGCACAGCAAUUGAACAAGAUGAACAUUUGCCCUCCUGGAACACAGGGCUCAGAAACAACAAUGACAGUUUGAGGUGUCGACCUGUUACAUGGUAUUAUCCAAGAUAGGAAACUGUUUUGUUCUUCUCCCUCAAUGAUAUUCCCUUUACUUUUCUCCACAAUACGAUGGACUUUAUCGCUAGAGCCAGGAAGUGCCCUUAGGAUGCCUUGUAGACUAAAGUAGUUGUAACCACUCCAAGAACUGGAAAAGAAUAUAUA